AUGCGCAGAAGUUUGAGAUUAGCCAAGAUCCCGACAUUCUUCAACUUAUUCAGAAGCGCAGAGUCUGUUCUGAACAUCGAGGCACGCGGUUACUCCACUAUCAAAUCAGCUGCGGAGACAAGAUGGUAUAGAAAACAUCAAGAAAUACAGACUGAAGUCAAUAAUUUGAAGAGCCAAAAAAGCAAACAGUUGCUGGCUAAAACUAUCAAGGAGUUUCACAAGACUGUUCAUACUAUCGAGGUCGAUCGACAAUUGCAAGGAAUUCUUCCCGCCGAUAUCCUCACCCCUUCAACAAUUGAAUACGAGCUUGAGGAGCGAGCUACUAUAGCCAGAUUGCUCUUCGAACCACAUACAGGCCUUACAGAGGAUCAGAUCAUUCAAAGCGGAUCGAGCUUGUUCAAAACUUAA